CGGGCGUAAAAACGCACACAGGCCACCGACGCCUAUCCAAAAACGCACGGACGCAGCUCAAAAUGAUGUAGACGGCACAACAGCAGCCCACACCUGGCCGUCUACACAUCAGUGAGGUGAGGUCACUCAGAGGAAGAAGUGCUGUCACACACCGAGGAGCCAUGCGUUCAGCCGCCGGCCUGCACGACCACCGAGUGACGGUACCAACAAAACUUCCCUACACAGCGGACCAGUACUAAAAUGACUACGACCCAUAGGCGAGGAAGAAUGCAGAUGUGAUCACCUUCUCACAUCAGAUUCUCUGACCCAUAAACUGACGCCCCACACAACAAAGGUCUCGAAGCCAUAUGUGCCACCUGAAAACCACACGAGAUGGACCAGCUGUUGUGCUCAAGAUGAUCCUGUAUACCCUGUGGAGAGGCUUGUAGUGGCCAAGAUGGAUGCCCAAACAACAAAAACCAUUUUCCAAUCAGUGUACAAAGAUGAUUUCCGACCAUGGAAUGUACAGAGGCGCCAGCCGUAUAGGCUAUGUGACAACCUGAAACUCAACAAGGGGACAUUUGAAACAACCACUACCUCUAAGGAUUCCUAUAGCCAUAAACAUCUUGUUAACAUUACAGAGAAUUUCAAACCAGUCCCACAGAUUAAGGAAACACAUCCUUUUGAUAGCACCACUAACUGCAGAUCCCAGUAUGUGACCUUUCCAGUACAGCUCAGAAAACCCAGGGACAACCCAGCUUACCAGCCUAACAGCACUCCACUCACCAGGGUCAUUGGUAGCCAUGAAGACUAUAAGCAUCUUCCAACAGAGCCUGCAAAGUCUUUUAAGCCCAAAGUGUCUUGGGCAAGAAACCCAACAGUUUUUGAGGCAACGAGUGAGUUCAGUGACAAAUUCAAGACGUGGCCCCUGGGAACCAAGUUCCAUCACAAACCUGAAGAGUACAGACCACCAGAGGGCCGCAUGGCAUUCCUCUCCACAACACAUGCAGACUAUACAGUGCAUGAAGGCCAGCGCUCCAAGUCAGCCCGGCCACCUAUACAAACCUGGGUCAAAGACAAGGGGCCCUUUAAGGCGAAAUCCAUCAUGAAAGAGGAUUACAAAAUUUGGAGUGCAAUGCGACGCUCCCCUAUCAUCCACAAAGAAGAAUGGGAGAUACCCAGAGGAGCUUUUGAGAAAACCACAACCUCCCGAUCUGCGUACACACCUAAGACUGUCCAUCGUGCUGUCAGCUGCAAGCCAGCACCCAGGCCUCCGAGCCCCAAGUCCCUGUUGGAGAAGACAACAGUUUAUCGUUCCAGCUACACAGCCAAGGAAAUGCCUCGCUGUCCUGUUCAAUGUCAUGCUUCUGCUGGCAUUCAACAUAAAUCCACAGGCGUGGAAGGACGCCAGCUUUACCAGAUCAUCUCAGACACAGGGGUGACUCAGCCGUACGGUGGCACUGAAGAAAAGCCAUCUCAGUCCCACCAAAGAAUUCCCUGCAUGGUUUCCAGCAGGACCACGAGGGCUUCCUAA